AUGAUUUACGAUCUAAAUAUCGCAUGGUCGCCAGCGACUAAAGAUGAACAGCUUCUCCAAACACUCACUCGCGCAUCGACGUUCGGAUACGCAACCGUCGCGCUGAACCACACGCUGACGCUGCCGCUUCCCGCCAACAACACCGCGCCGUUCCCAACGAUAGAACCCAAGCCAGGCUCCAAGCUUCCAAACAUCCUCCACCGCGCGACUCUUCCUCUCUCAGAUCCUUCAGCGAAUAACUACCGAAUCCCAUCGCUCAUCUCAACAUACGACAUCAUCGCGGCCCGUCCACUGACGGACAAAGCCUUUCAGAAUGCUUGUCUCACGCUCGACGUACCCAUCAUAUCACUCGACUUGACGCAGGACUUGCAAUUCCAUCUUAAGCCGAAACCAUGCAUGGCUGCUAUCAACCGUGGCAUCCGCUUCGAGGUCUGCUAUGGUCAAGUGAUCAAUGGCGAUGAUCGAGGGCGCCCAAGGUUUAUCUCAAACUUGCAAAGUCUCAUCCGGUCGACGCGCGGCAGGGGCAUCAUGAUUAGCAGCGAAGCCAAGAAUGCGCUAUCCCUACGAGCACCUGCCGAUGUGAUAAACAUGCUCAAUUUUAUGGGAGGGUUAAGCAACGAGAAAGGCUUUGAAGGGUUUGGCGAAGUGCCUCGAUCUGUUGUGGUAAAUGAAGGUAUCAAGAGGAAUGGAUUCAAGGGCGUCAUCAACAUUGUUGAAGUCGCCGAGAAAGAGAAGGGCGCAAAAAAAGAUGAGGAUGGCAAGAAACCAAAGAACAAGGGUCAAAAUCAGAAUCAAAAGCGCAAGACUGGCGAUGAGGAUACACAGCAGAUCAGUAAACGGCAGGCCAAGAAGAUGAAGCUGGCCUCGAGGAAUGCAGCAAAUGAGAAAGAAUAA